AUGGUUAUUGAAAUCAUAGAAAAAAAAUUUGAGGAUCUUAGGAAAGACAAGACCUUAGAUCUUCAUGGAAUUGCAACACUUGCAACAUCAUCUAGUUUCUCUGGAAUAUUGUCAAACUUUGUUUUGAGAUACUCCUUGAAUGUUAAACAUGAUGCUUUGAAGACAUAUGCAUCAUUAACUGCACUUCCAUUUUUGUCUACCAUAGUUACUUACAAGUUCCUUGUAAUUGAUACUUUGUAUUCAGGUAAUAUAAGCAAGGACAAUUGUGUUCUGAGAAGUUCACUGGUUAGCAUAAUAUGUGGUGUUAUAUAUCCCAGUGGUUUGGCUUUUUCUAAAAAUGGACGCCUGGUAGUCAAGUAUCAUACUGUUCCACUGCCACAGAAAGGAAGGGUUUUACUUCAUUGGUUCUUACUUUGUCACAAGAACAUAAAAGGAAUGGUAAUUCCCCUAGUGUUUAUGACAGCAUUUGGACUAUUUGGUGGUCUACAGCACUAUGGAAUAUUUUAA